AUGGAGGCAAAAUCCGUGGUCAUCGGCGUGUUGGGGAUGACAUGCAAUUCCUGUGUUCAGACGAUUGAACAGCAUGUUGGGAAGAUGAAUGGCAUCCAUAACAUCAAAGUCUCUCUAGAGGACAAGAAUGCAGUUGUCAUCUAUGACUCCAAGCUGCAGACUCCAGCGACGCUGCAGGAAGCCAUCUAUGACAUGGGAUUUGAUGCCACAUUAGCUGAUUCAAACCCACAACCUGUUUUACCUGACACUAUUUUUCUUACUAUUCCUACCCAGUCAGCCCUAACACCCAAGCAGAUUUGUAGCACUCUGCUGAAGAACAAAGGGAUUGUGGAUGUGAAAGUGUCCUCUGACCAAAAAUCUGCAGUGGUGACCUUCAUUUCUUCCAUCGUAAAUGGCAAGCAGAUUGUCCACAUGGUCCCAGGGGUAGAUUUAAAUAUCUCUACAGCAGAGGUAAUACCUGGAACUUGGGAAGAUUCCAACUGGUCUCAACCGAGUAGUGUUGGGCUGCGCCUGAAAGUUGAUGGGAUGACCUGUCACUCCUGCACCAGCACCAUCGAGGGGAAGCUUGGCAAAUUGCAAGGAAUUCAGAGGAUUAAAGUAUCCCUGGACAAUCGGGAAGCUGUUGUUGUCUACCAGCCUCACCUCAUUUCAGCAGAAGAAAUAAAACAUCAGAUUGAAGCAGCAGGUUUCACAGCAUCCUUCAAGAAGCAGCCUAGACCCCUGAAGCUGAGCACGAUUGACCCAGAGAGGCUGAGGAGCACUCAGCCCCAAAGCUCUGAGACAGCACUGAGAGAAAACUCCAGUGCGACUGGUGCAAGGACAGUUGUGUUCAGAGUUGAUGGUAUGCACUGCACAUCGUGUGUCCUCAACAUCCAGCGCACCAUAUCAGCACUCCCAGCAGUGAUAAGUGUUGUUGUUUCAUUGGAGAAGAAAUCUGCUGUUAUAAACUAUAACCCAAACCUAAUUAGCACAGACAUGCUGAGGAAGGCCAUAGAGGCUGUGUCUCCUGAGACAUUUAGAGUCAGCCUGCCUGAGGAGUAUGGAAAUGUAGCACUUUUCCCCACAUUGUCUCCACUGAAGUCUCCUCUCCCAGCUUUGAAGGAUGCCAGCUGGCCACUCAUUCAAGUGGCUGUGAUAAAUAUUGAGGGGAUGACUUGCAACUCUUGUGUGCAGUCCAUCGAGGGAGUCAUAUCCCAAAAGGCAGGUGUGAAAUCUGUUCAUGUCUCUCUCACAAAUCGAAAUGGGACUAUAGAAUAUGACCCUCUGCAAACGAGCCCAGAAGACUUGAUAUCCUCAAUAGAGGAUAUGGGGUUUGAUGCAUCUUUACCAGCGAAGGCAGAACUACCUCUGGCCAAAGCUCAGCCCUCACCUGAGAUGCAGCUGGACUCACAGAAACCUGAGUUGCCCUCCAAAGUGCCACCAGCCCACCUUGCUAGGCAGGAGACAAAGACCAUCUCCAAGUGCUAUGUCCAAGUCACAGGAAUGACGUGUGCUUCGUGUGUAGCCAACAUUGAGAGGAAUUUGAGAAGAGAAGAUGGAAUACAUUCAAUACUUGUUGCCCUCAUGGCAGGAAAAGCAGAAGUGAGGUAUAAUCCUGCUGUGAUACACCCUUCAGCCAUUGCAGAGCUCAUACGGGAGUUGGGAUUUGGAGCCACCGUGAUGGAAAACUGUGGUGAAGGAGACAGAAUUCUGGAACUUGUUGUGAGAGGGAUGACAUGUGCAUCUUGUGUGCACAAGAUAGAAUCCACCCUCAUGAAGACUAAUGGCGUUUUAUACUGCUCAGUUGCUCUUGCAACCAACAAAGCACAUAUCAAAUAUGACCCUGAGGCUAUUGGUCCUCGAGAUGUUAUACAAGUGAUAAAGGAUUUAGGUUUCACUACUUCCUUGGUCAAAAAGGAUAGAUCUGCUAGUCAUCUAGAUCACAAACAGGAAAUUAGGCAGUGGAAAAGGUCUUUUGUUGUGAGCCUUGUUUUCUGUAUCCCUGUCAUGGGGCUGAUGAUUUACAUGAUGGUGAUGGACAGUCAGCUUGCGGAUGCUCACGUGCAUCACAACAUCAGCAGUGAGGAGAUGGAGGCCCUUCACUCCUCCAUGGUCCUGGAAUACCAGCUCCUGCCAGGAUUGUCUGUUAUGAAUUUUCUGUCGUUUUUACUCUGUGUCCCUGUACAGAUAUUUGGAGGUUGGCAUUUCUACAUCCAGGCAUACAGAGCACUGAAGCACAAAACUGCCAACAUGGAUGUGCUAGUUGUGUUGGCAACCUCCAUUGCAUUCCUCUACUCCUUUGUUAUUCUCCUAGUUGCAAUGGCUGAGAAAGCAAAAGUAAACCCUGUCACAUUCUUUGACACACCUCCGAUGCUGUUCGUGUUCAUCUCGCUGGGCCGGUGGCUGGAGCACGUGGCAAAAGGUAAAACCUCAGAAGCACUGGCAAGACUAAUUUCAUUACAAGCUACUGAAGCUACUAUUGUUACCUUGGGCCCUGAUAACGUUCUUUUAAGUGAAGAGCAAGUCAAUGUGGAACUGGUUCAACGAGGUGACAUUGUCAAAGUAGUCCCAGGAGGCAAAUUCCCAGUGGAUGGUCGUGUUAUUGAAGGACACUCUAUGGUAGACGAAUCUCUCAUCACAGGUGAAGCGAUGCCUGUGACUAAGAAGCCUGGCAAUACAGUUAUUGCAGGUUCUAUCAACCAGAACGGAUCACUUCUGAUUUCAGCAACCCACGUCGGAGCUGAUACAACUCUUUCUCAGAUUGUUAAACUUGUGGAGGAGGCUCAGACCUCAAAGGCUCCCAUCCAGCAAUUUGCUGACAAACUUAGUGGCUACUUCGUUCCUUUUAUUGUGGCUGUCUCUGUGGUUACCCUUCUUGCCUGGAUUAUAAUUGGGUUUGUGGAUUUUGAAAUAGUGGAAAAAUACUUUCUGGGUUACAAUAAGAGCAUUUCCGCAGCCGAAGUCAUAAUCCGCUUUGCUUUCCAAGCCUCCAUCACUGUGCUGUGCAUCGCGUGUCCCUGUUCCCUGGGAUUAGCCACCCCCACGGCUGUCAUGGUUGGGACUGGGGUGGGAGCCCAGAACGGCAUCCUCAUCAAGGGGGGAGAGCCCCUGGAGAUGGCACACAAGGUCAAGGUGGUUGUAUUUGACAAGACAGGUACUAUCACCCAUGGCACUCCGGAAGUGAUGCAGGUCAAGUUUCUGGUGGAGGGUAACCAACUGCCACGUCAUAAAAUGCUGGCAAUAGUGGGGACUGCGGAGAGUCACAGUGAGCAUCCUCUUGGAGCAGCAAUAACUAAAUACUGCAAAAAGGAACUGGACUCGGAAACCCUUGGGACAUGUACAGAUUUUCAAGUAGUUCCAGGCUGUGGCAUUAGUUGUAAGGUCACCAAUAUUGAAGCAUUACUCUACAGGAAAAAUAGAAUGGUUGAAGAAAACAAUAUUAAAAAUGCAACACUUGUGAAAAUUGAGGAAAAUACAGAUGAAUCAGUGCAGCCUGUAUUGAUUAUUGAUGCUGAACUGCCAACUACUGUGACUUCUCAGAAAUACUCUGUUCUCAUUGGGAACCGGGAAUGGAUGACUAGAAAUGGCCUUCUUGUGAGAAAUGAGGUUGAUAAAGCCAUGAUGGAACACGAGCGGAGGGGCCGCACAGCAGUUCUGGCAGCUGUGGAUGGAGUGCUCUGUGGCUUGAUAGCUAUUGCUGAUACUGUGAAACCAGAAGCUGAGCUGGCAGUCUACACUUUGAAGAGUAUGGGCUUAGAAGUUGUCCUCAUGACUGGUGACAACAGCAAAACAGCACGAUCGAUUGCCUCUCAGGUUGGCAUCACCAAAGUGUUCGCGGAGGUUCUUCCCUCCCACAAAGUGGCCAAGGUGAAGCAGCUCCAGGACGAAGGGAAGCGCGUGGCCAUGGUUGGGGACGGCAUCAACGACUCCCCGGCCCUUGCCAUGGCCAAUGUGGGAAUUGCUAUUGGCACAGGGACUGAUGUGGCCAUCGAAGCAGCUGAUGUGGUUCUCAUUAAGGAUGACUUGAUGGACGUGGUAGCAAGCAUAGAUUUAUCGAGGAAAACUGUGAAGAGGAUCCGGAUCAACUUUGUGUUUGCUCUAAUUUAUAAUCUCGUUGGAGUUCCCAUAGCUGCAGGUGUUUUCUUGCCCAUUGGUUUGGUUUUGCAGCCCUGGAUGGGAUCUGCAGCCAUGGCUGCCUCUUCGGUGUCUGUUGUGCUCUCUUCUUUGCUGUUAAAGAUGUACCAGAAACCAAGUUCUGAGAAACUCGAGUUCCGGGCACGUGGCCAAAUGAGGCACAAGAGUCCAUCAGAGAUCAGUGUCCAUGUUGGAAUCGAUGAGACUGGGACAGGCUCUCCCAAACUGAGCCUGAUGGAUCGAUUCAUCAAUUACAGCAGAGCCUCUAUAAACUCUCUGUUCUCAGACAAGCGUUCGGUGAACAGCAUCGUCCUCGGGGAGCCAGAUAAACACUCGCUCUUGGUGGGGGAUUUUGGAGAGGAUGAUGACACAGCCUUGUGA